AUGCGUCUACACUCUUUGAAGGAGCUCGACGACUCGGAAGGAAAUGUUCGUCUGCAUAACGACAAAGACACUGCUGUUAUCCUGUACCCUGCUCCCUCACCUACAGACCCCAACGACCCGCUCCGAUGGCCUCUUUGGAGGAAACAUGUCGCCUUUGGCAGUGUAUGUGCUUUUGCAUUCCUGUCCAACUAUGCCAUUGGAGGUCUGGCUCCGGCUUUCUACAUUCUAAGUCUGGAGUUUGGAAAGUCGCAACAUCAGACUAGCGAGCUGCUCCUAUGGCCUGUCCUCGUUUUUGGUGUCUUUGUAUGUCAGAUGUUGCCAUUCCCCAUCUAUACUUGUACUGAUAAUCGCAAAGNNAACUUCCUUUGGGUACCGCUGGCGAACUACUAUGGCAAACGACCCAUCUUUGUAUUUUGCACCCUUCUUCUGUGCGUAUGCUACAUUUGGGGUGCGACUGCACAGAGUUUUGAGAGUUUGCUCUGGUCCAAUAUUGUCGGUGCAUUUGGAGGCAGUGCAUCUGAAGCUGUGGCUGCGUCAAUGGUGAAUGAUCUGUACUUUUUGCAUGAGCGUGCUGGCAAGAUGAGUUGGUAUGUCAACUCCAUCUCGGCUGGUAACACUUUAGGUGUAAGUAAUUGUUCACGGAGAGUGACUCGAUGUCCCAAUACUGACUACUUUGUUCCCAGCNCUCUGAUCUGCGGAUUUGUGGUUCAAGGCUUGAGCUGGCGUUGGCACAAAAUCAUCGCAGCCAUUCUUGUCGGCAUAAACUUCCUCGUCGUGGUCUUUCUGUGCCCUGAAACCAGAUUCGACCGCGCAGGACAUGGACUCGCGGAACCUCUCACACCUUUGAGAACAGCCAGCGAUGCCAACACUCUCGAGAAGACAAUCUCGAACCCAGAACAACAGCCUGUGCAUCGCCCAUCAGAUACCUCGGACACCACACCUGUGGAUACGGUUCCCAAGAAACCAUGGUCCCAACAACUCAAGCUCUGGUCGCCUUUGCCUAAGGAUCUUUCGCUGUUUGAACUUUUCUUACGCCCGUGGCCAUUGAUCGUAUACCCCGAGGUCAUUUUUUCCACUCUAGCGACGGCAUUCGCGCUUGCUUGGGUAGUAGGCAUAAACAUCCUGAACUCCUUCGUCCUCCAAGCACCGCCUUACUCCUGGUCCCCUGCUGUAAACGGCCUUAUCAAUAUCCCUGGCUUUUUGGGAAACAUUUGUGGUGCUCUAGUAGGUGGACCGCUGGUCGAUCGGUACUCUGAUUGGCGCGCCAGANAAAAUGGCGGUGUCUUUCAACCAGAGUCGAGAUUGACGCUGUUGAUCUUUCCGGCUGUAAUGGUACCCGCGGGGUGUUUGGCUUUCGGAUAUGGUGUUCAAGACAAAUUGCACUGGACUAGUAUGUUCUUUGGAUAUGGCAUGGUUGCGACGGGGUUGACGACGAUACCUUGUAUCACCAUGACCUAUAUCUCGGAUUGUUAUCUUCCAAUCGCUCCUGACGCACUGUUAUUGAUCAAUGGACUGAAGAAUGUUGCUGCGUUUGGCUUCCUGUAUGCCAUCACGCCUUGGGUGUUCAAGGUUGGAUACGCAGAGUGUUAUGGUGAGCAAGCUGCCAUAGCGGUUGGAAUACUGUUGUUCGCCAUUCCGCUCAGCAUUUUCGGCGCCAGGAUGCGCCAUCGUACUGCACAAUGGCGUAUCAUUCUUUGA